AUGAAGAAGAACACCUUCAGCCUGGACAAGCUGUGGAAGGGCCAAGAGGAGACCCAUCAGCUGCUAAUCAACCUGAUCACCAAGGUCAAUUUGCAGCACAGCAUGGAGCAGGACAACGUCACCAACCUGGUGCAAGUCGAAGUCGCCUGUGUCUACUUUGACAUUGUGAAGGUCAAGCAAGGCGAUGGCAACAAGCUCCAACUUGAAUUCAUCAAGUGGGUUGAGGAGAAGGAAAAAGUGAAGCUAUUGGCCAGUGUGAAGAAUUGGAUCAGCAAGAGCUUUGUUCCAGUGCCAGUCACCAAGUCACUGAAGUUGCUGCUCACACAUGCAUUUGAAAAGCUGAAGCCAGCAAAGAAGCCAGCUGAGUUCAAGGUGAAAGUUGCAGUUGAUAAACAAUUCAGGGAUACACUCAUUCAAACAGCCUUCAGAAUGGUGAAUGAGUGGGUGUUUGAGGACCCCUUGCGUCCUCCCACUGAGCCUGGCCAUUCGAAGUGA